AUGCGAUUUUCAAUUAUUCUAAGGGAAUCUAUUUCUUCGUUACAAAAAUUAGUCAAACAUGAUUUGAAUAUUGUCACUGUCGAUAAAUAUACAAUCAAUGUGAAGGCUGGAAAUGGAGGUGCUGGUUUAGCUCGGUAUAAUGGUGUUGGUGGGAAUGGAGGAGAUAUUUAUUUCGUGGCAAGACCAAAUAUAGCAUUUUCUGACAUCAAAAAGCGUUUAAAUUCGAAAAUGAAGAUUCGUGCAGAGCCUGGGAAAUCAGCUCAAAAAACAUCGCUGAUUGGAAAGCAUGGAGCACAUACAUAUUUCGAAGUUCCCGUUGGAGUUGAAGUAGUCGAUAGAACUCAAAAUACAUUAAUCGCUCGGUGUAAUAGAGCUUUUCGAAAGUCUUUGAUUGCGAAAGGAGGAGCAGGAGGAUCAAGAGAAACUAACUACAAAGGCUUAAAAGGAGAGAAUUUUGACAUCGAAAUCCAUCUAAAACUUCGACCAAAUAUCGGAUUACUAGGUUUUCCUAAUGCUGGCAAAUCGACAUUAUUAAAGGCAUUUAUUCCGGAAAAAUCCGUGAAAAUCGCAGAUUAUCCAUUCACAACAAUUAAUCCGCAACUUGGAUUUUGGAAUGCCGAUCCACCGUCAACAAUUCCUUUUGCCGAUAAAUUCACAUUAUCAAUUGCAGACCUUCCUGGAAUAAUUGAAGGCGCAUCUCGCAAUCGAGGGCGUGGUUAUCAAUUUUUGAAACAUCUGGAAUAUGCAGACGUGAUCGUGAUGGUUGUAGAUUCGGUAGGAUUCCAGCUCAAGAACGAAGUUGAUUGUCCAUUCAGAAAUCCCCUUGAAACCAUUGCACUUUUAAAUAAGGAAGUAGAAUGUUAUGACAAAAAAUUAGCCGCAAAACCAGUAAUUUGUGUUCUCAACAAAAUUGAUUUACUCAACGAAAGUCAGAAAAAAGAAAUUGAUAAUCUUCGCGAAAAAUUGUUGAACAGGACGUGGACGAAUGAUCUUGAAGAAUCUAUGAGGCCUCACGUAAAAAUGUCUUUCCGUGAUGUUGUGACGGUUUCGGCAAAAUCGGGAAAAAUAGACACACUUAAAGCAGCAAUGGCGAAACUGCACCAAUAUUUACACCCAUUGACUGACGUUGACGAUGAGUCUGAUGAUAAUGUUGUUAAAAAGAGAUUCUUAUAA